CGCGGUGCCCCAAGCCAACAUGGCUGCGCCCAGGGCAGGGCGGGCUGCGCCGAGCUGGCCUCUGGUGCUGGGCUUGGUGCUGUGCUCGGGGUCCGGGGCGGCCUCGAGCUCCUCCUCCUCCAGCGCGGCGGCCUCCAAGGGGACGUCCGGCUGUAGCGCGGGCCGGGGGAGCGGUGGGGAGGCGGCCGCGGCGGCCUGGAGGUAUUCCCCGGAGGCCAAUGCCCCAAGUCCGGCCGUGGGGCCGGGCACCCGCAAGGGGCCAGCUGCGCACAGUCAGAUGGCCCUUAUUCCAACAGGAAUGUUCACAAUGGGUACUGAUGAACCUGAAAUACAGCAAGAUGGGGAAUGGCCUGCUAGAAGAGUCCAUGUUAGCCAGUUCUAUAUGGAUCGGUAUGAGGUCAGCAAUGCAGAGUUUGAGAAAUUUGUAAAUGCCACUGGCUAUGUUACAGAGGCGGAGAAGUUUGGAGACUCCUUUGUAUUUGAGGGUAUGUUGAGCAAACAAGUGAAGACUGAAAUCCAGCAAGCAGUUGCAGCUGCUCCCUGGUGGAUGCCUGUUAAAGGAGCUAAUUGGAGGCAACCUGAGGGACCAGAUUCUAAUAUCUCAAAGAGAAUGGAUCACCCAGUUCUUCAUGUCUCCUGGAAUGAUGCUGUAGCGUAUUGCACGUGGGCGGGAAAACGAUUACCCACAGAAGCUGAAUGGGAGUACAGCUGUCGAGGAGGCCUUGAGAAUAGACUUUUCCCGUGGGGCAAUAAGCUUCAGCCAAAAGGUCAGCACUAUGCCAAUACCUGGCAGGGAGAGUUCCCAAUAAGCAAUACUGGAGAGGAUGGAUACAAAGGAACUGCACCAGUUACAGCAUUUCCUCCAAAUGGCUAUGGCUUAUACAACAUAGUGGGAAAUGCCUGGGAGUGGACAUCUGACUGGUGGGCUGUUCAUCAUUCUGCAGGUGAAACGCACAACCCAAAAGGGCCCUCAUCAGGGACUGACAGAGUGAAGAAAGGUGGAUCCUAUAUGUGCCAUAAGACUUUUGAGAGAACAUGGACUUUUUGGAAUUUCCAUUUUAUAAAAAGUCCUAUUGCUACAGGUAUCGCUGUGCAGCCCGCAGUCAAAACACUCCUGAUAGUUCUGCUUCAAACCUGGGAUUCCGUUGUGCGGCAGACACUCUGCCAGCUUUACAGUGACAGAACUUGUUGGUGCUCUGAAGCCACAGGGGACUAAAAAUUUCACUCCAGGACAAGGAGUUUUGUGGAGCUCCAGCCUGCUGAGAUGUUCUGCAGUUACCAGUCUCUAGUGAGACAAAACAAGAUAUCCAGCUAAUUAAAAAAGACAGCGUUGGAGAAAAUCACCUUCCAAAAUAAGUCAAUGCUAGUCAGAGACAUUUAAUUCUAUAACCAAUCUUUGGGUUGAAUUCCCAUCUCAACUGUGCAGGUGAAAACAUGGAGUUAAUGCUAUUGAUUUAAUUAGAAAUAUUCCAGAUUUACACCAGCAUAGAACUAACCAGAACUUUCCUGACUGCAUUUUGAAAAGGAUAUUUUGUUUCCGAUACUAUUUUUCUCUCCUCUAGGGAAGAUACUCUUCAGUACUGAGUAAGUAUUUUAUGAUAGAUUUACCUAAGUGAUCCAAAACCCUCAAGUAGGCUUUACAAACUUUGGGAGGAGUUAAAGGAAAAUGUGAGCUUUUGUAGCAUGGUAUUUACUUGUUACCUCCUGAGUAAUAUAGGAAACAUAUUGUCAAGUAUAACUGAGGGUCACGGAUGGAAGAAAAACAUUCCACAUUACCUAUUACUCUAUAUUAGCAAUUGGCUAUGCUUUUGUAGAUUUAGGCUACCUACAAAUGUGUAGGUAGCCUACAUUUGUAAAAAUGUAGUGUAGCUCUUGUUGCUGCUGCACGUGAACAUUGUGUUCAGAAAAGACCCUUGCCCAGGUAAGCAGUAAUUUUUCUCCCUUUUUAGAAAGUGACAGCUUUUAUUAGAAUACGGAUGAUAGUCCCAUAAAGGAUUGAACAUUAUUUCCCUUACACUGGAAACUUGUAGCGAUAGAAACAUACCGGAGAUUUCCUUUAAUGUCUAUCUAACAUUGUGUAGAUUUAUUUUGGGGGUUUUAAGUUAUUUAUUCAAACUAGUGGUUUCAAAAUUUUCUUUGCCAGUGAAUGGCUCUUCUUGUCUGAAAGCUUGCAUGAAAAGACAGGAAAUUUGAACUGAAUGGAAAGUUUGUCAAAAGGCUUCAUUGGGAAAAUCUUGAGGUUGUCCUUAGAUAAGUUUCAAAAUGUAUUGAAAAGCUCAGUGAUAGCUAAAUGUAGUUGUAGCUGGUAAAUUAACUCAAUCAACUUGGGCUUUUCAUGUUAAAAUACAUUUGAAUCUUUCUUCUCUACUGUGCUUCACUCUUACCAGCACAGUGCUGCUGACUCUGGGGUCCAGCCUUAGGGGCAGAUGAAAAAGUUUCCACGUCAACCACUUACUCUUUAUUCUAACUUUAAUCUAAUCAAGAAAUUUUCUGUUUGCUGAAUAUUAAGAAGAAGCUCCUAACCUGAAUGUGCCAGUCCUUUAGGCAUGGGUUCUAUUCCCAGCUGUUCCACCGUGAUCUAGGACAAGUCAUGUGCCUCGGUCUCCCCAUCUAUACAAAGGUGCAUAAGAGUGAUUCCCAUUUUAAAGUGCUUUGAGAUCUAUGAAUACAAUUGGGUAAGUGUGUUUGUAAUAGCAAUAUUUUGUAUUCAUAUUAUUCGUUUGUUUCCAGCACUUCUUGCCUAUAACUUUGAUAGGUAGGUGUUAAAAGACAGACAUUAGUUGCCAACUUCUGCCCUGGGAUAGUGAGUUUCCCACCAAAUGGAAAGCCACUUCCUAUGGGAGUGACCAUGCAGUUCACCCACCCCAGACCCCACUGGCAUAGGAACUAAAGUUACACUUACACUGAAUUUUAGUCUGUCAUGUAAGCCAUUAAAGUAUAAACAUUUGCCAAUGCCAAGUGCUAAAACAUAUCAUGUAAUCAUAGGAAAAAGCUGUGGUAUCUCAAGCUACUGUUCGGGAACUGUUGGGAAAGACUGACUGACCAGUUGCAUAUACUAAACACAGUGCUCAAAAUAGGGCAUCCACUGAAACAAAUGGAGAGAAAUGCUAUCCAUCUUAGUUUAAACUUCCUUCGCUAUCAUAGGGACAUGUCUGCCUUUGUGGAAGGGAGUAUGCUUUAAUAAAAAUUCUUUGAGCUAUUGUCAUUGUUGAAUACUGCUUAUUUAUAUAUAAUAUAAAAAUGGUCUGGUUCUGAAGCUUUGAAAAAUCAUUAGAAUUUCUGUCUCUAAAUGGCAGCUUCAGAAUGCUCUUUUAGAAGUGGGGCAUAUCCCUCAAGAUUUACUGUCCCGAGUGACAUAGUGUGAACUUCCUUCUGCUGGUCUUUCAUUCUGAUGGUUUAACCUGUUUGUUUAAUAUAUACAGCAUUAGCUUGAACUAGUCCCACUUUUUUUUUACACUUUUACAGCAAUCGAUUAGAACUUUGAUAAAAUGAUUAAACUGAACAUUUUGUAAACAA